UGAUUGACGAUUGAAGAUUGGAACUUGAUCAAUUGGAACAAAACAAGCCAAGGCUGAAGCUUGUUGAUUCGUUAAAAUCUAAUCUUUAAUUGUCAAUCGUCAAUCACCAAUCGCUAGUGUGACUUGGCCUUUACACAACUGUAACAUGGCCUUUAAACGGCAGACUACGUGUGAUCUACGAACUUUAUAAAUUUCGAGAUCUCAUAUGUUACUGAUUGAACUACUUUAUGUGAUUGUAUGUGAUAGAUUAAUAUUUAUUUAAUUAAAUUAUAGUGGUGAUUAUGUUCAGUGCAGUUCGUGCAGUUAUUAUGUUAUCGAUUUGUCAAGUUCGUUGUUGAGGCGCAAAAAUUGAAUAAAGUUUUGCCAGAAUGGAAUUGUCAACGCAAUACAGUUCAGACGAUCCAGAAACCAAAGGAUUUUCUCUGUCAACUGGAAAUACUUGGAUUUACCCGGAAAAUUACCCAGUUCGCGAGUAUCAAUAUAACAUAGUUAAGACAGCUUUAUAUUACAAUACCUUGGUUUGUUUGCCUACUGGUUUAGGAAAGACUUUUAUUGCUGCUGUCGUAAUGUACAAUUUUUGGAGGUGGUUUCCACUUGGAAAAAUUGUGUUCCUUGCACCAACAAAACCUUUGGUUGCUCAACAGAUUGAUGCAUGCUAUGAAGUAAUGGGAAUACCAAGUGUAGAAAUGAUAGAGCUUACAGGUACAGUCAAUCAGAAAAAUCGUGAAAUUGCUUGGUUUAAAAAAAAAAUAAUAUUUGCCACUCCUCAAGUAUUUCAUAAUGAUCUUGAAAGAUCAAUUGUACCUAGCCAUUUAAUCAAAUGCGUUGUUGUGGAUGAGGCUCAUAAAGCCUUAGGCAAACAUUCAUAUUGUGAGUGUGUCAGAAUAUUAUCCACACAAAAUCAAUAUUUUAGGAUAUUGGCACUUUCUGCUACACCUGGAAAUAAAAUAGAUAAUGUUCAUGAGGUAAUACAAAAUUUAUGCAUUUCCCGCUUGGAAUUGAGAGAUGACAACUCAUUGGAUAUAAUACCAUAUAUUAACAAUAGGAAAGUUGAUACUAUUUUGGUACCUCUCAGUAAUGAAUUGGCUCAGUUCAAAGAAAAAUAUAUUAUUAUUAUGGAUCGUCAUGUGAAGUUUCUUAUGCAAUGUAAUAUAUUGCGAGGACAGGCUGCAAACAUAUCGAAAGGAAGGAUAUUUCACUUAUUACAAGAAUUCAAAAAAAAGACAGAUAAAUCAGGAAAUUAUGCACAAAUUAGCAAAACCUUGAGUAUAUUAUUAACCAUGUAUCAUGCAUAUGAACUUAUGAUUAGACAUGGAUUGCGAGCUUUCUGCACCUUUUAUAAGAAUCAUUCUGAUAAAUUCUGGAUGCCUUAUGAAGAUCAAUUGCAAAGAUUACUCCAUGACAUAGAAAUAUAUCUUGGACCAUUUCCAGAAAUUCUUCCUAAUGGAUACGUAUCUGAGAUGCCAACGAAUAUUGUGUUUGGACAUAAUAAAUUUUACAAAUUGAAAGAAUUACUUGAACAUCAUUUCAGGAAGAAUAAUGACGAAAAUGCGAAUACAAGAGCCAUAGUCUUUGUAGAAUAUAGGGAUAUAGUCAAUGAAGUCUACGUUUUGCUUUUGCAAUCAAAACCAUUAAUUAGACCGCAAAUGUUUGUUGGUCAAGCUAGUCAAAAGCAAAAGCAGCAAAUUCAAGCAUUAGAAGAUUUCAGAAACAAUCGCGUGAAUGUGUUGGUUUCGACAAGUAUAGGUGAAGAAGGAUUGGAUGUUGGUGAAGUAGAUCUGAUAAUUUGUUUUGAUGUAUCACAGCAUUCUCCAACAAGGCUAGUUCAAAGAAUGGGCAGAACAGGACGUAAACGCGAUGGUCACAUCAUUAUUCUUGUUACAGAUGGAAAAGAACACGAGAAUCUGAAAUCCACGCUCUCUAGGAGAAACUCCUUGAAUAAUAAGAUAUUAAAUACAAGCAAUAUAUUUUCUUCCCUGUAUCAAAAUAACCCUAGAAUGAUCCCAAAUCAAUUCACUCCAGAAUGUCACAUGAUGUAUAUAAAUGUAUUACCAAAGACACCAAAUGUAAAAGGUAGGAAGAGAAAGAAAAAUAUUAACAAGAAAGAUGAAGCAUCUAGCACAAAACAAAAAGAAAGUUCCUCUAUAUCAGUACCGAAAAAUACGGGGCAAUCGUCGAUGAUGAAAUUUCUUACCAAUGGUAAAUGCAACCAACAAAAUGAAGAUAAUACAUGUAAUGUUCUUACAUUAACAACACAGAGUGGUAACAUACAUAAUACGAUAGAUCCCAAAAACGUCAAACUAUUAUCCGAUGAUAAUGCAGGAAUCGAUUUCCUGACAUUAUGCACAGUCAAAAAAUCAGAGGAAGAAAUGACCUCUGUGCGUAAAAUGGAUACAACUUACAUUCCUGUGGCAAAAUCAGUUAUAGAUCCAUUUAACUUUGUAAUACCUGACAUAAAAGUUCUCGAUUCUGUACCUUUUUUAAUUACGAAUUUAAUUGACUUUCUGGCGACAAAACGUGAAACCUGUAAGAUUGAAAAUACUCAGAAUGAUAACGUUCAUGUUAAUAUCGAUAACGAUUUUUGGUGCACUAUCCGAAAUGAAAGCAAUAUCGAUACCAACGAAGUGAGAUUCGAGGAUAUACUGGAUGAUAGUUCUGACACUAAUAUAACCAUAAUUUCACAUGUGAGUCAAGCAAUUAAUGAAUUUAAAAUAGAUUCAGUUGAUAAGAGUAAAGUUCUUGCAUCUAGUACAAAAGAUAAUAAUGAUAUCAUGACUGAUCAUACAAGAACAGAAUUAUCAGAUAAUAUGCUCAAUGACAUGGAACCCAGUAUAUUUGAAAAUAUAUUAAAUGAUUCAUUUAGCUCAACUGAUGAUGAUUUAGAUGUCAAUGAUACUGCACGACAAAGUAUAGUACCUCCAAAUUCUUCCAAUAUAUUUAGUAAAAAUGCAGCGAAUAUGAAUGUAACAUGUGAAAGCGUUGUUGAUAUCUUCCUGGACGAAACAAACGCUGAUGAAUUUAAUCAAAAUUUAUCAGUAGAACCAGCAAAACCUGUCCAAACAAACAAGUCCGCAGAAAACUGUAUGAACGAAAUACAAGAUUUUUAUUUUAGUGAUGAUGAUAUGACUGAGUUUGCAUGUAAUAAACCUAACGAUAGUAAACAAAUAGAUAAUCCAAAACCAGAAGAGAGCUUCUUGUCCAUAACACAAGCUAUCGAAGAAAUGGCGCGGAUGAAAAAAGAUUUAGAGAAAUCACCGAUACUUUCCGCAAGUAAAAGGGAUAGUAGUCCUGAGUGGAUUUCAACCAACCGCAGAACUGAAGUCGAAAAGAGGAACACAUGUUCGGAAUUAAAAAACAAAUUAUCUGAUGUUAAUUCUACCACGAAGUCAUAUGCCGUGAAACAGCAUUUCGACUUGCAGGACGACUCCGAUGAAGACUUCAUGAUUACACAUGAUAGCGUAAAGAAAUUCGACGAGCUUGAAAGCAGUUAUUUUUGCCAUACGUCGAAAACUUCAAAAGACCAAAGUAAUCAUUUGCGUAAUAUGUCGAAAAGCUCGGUGAAGAACGAUAAUUAUUUUGACGAUACAUCGAAGGUGUUCGCAUCUGGAAGUGGCAACUUGUGCGGCAUGUCAAAAAGGAUAACACCGCUUGGUAUGCCAGUGCCAGUCAGUAAUAGACAUCCCAUGUUAUCUUUGAAAAGGAACAAGGAUCUGCAUUCGAGCAUGAUAGACUUGAGUGCCUUUAGAGCGCCUAGCAAAUGCAUUAAAAGGCAGGAACAGAAUACUUUAGAAUCUGGUGUUAGUACAUCGAAGCAAAUGUCUCACUUAGAGAGAAGCGCCGCACGGAAAAUCAGCAAUCAGCACAAAAGGAAGAAAAAGAGGAAGAAAAAUGCAUAUAUAGACGAUGAAGCACAGGUGAGUUCGAAUGACAGUUCGGAUGAAAGCAGUUUGACUUCCACGACAGAUGAGGAGCUGCACGAUUUCGUGAGUUACACCCAAAAUGUAGAGAAUCAAGUGGACAUGCAGGCGCAUUAUUUGCAAACUACUAAGAGUUUAUUCAAAAGACCCGGUGCGUUCCAUUUCAAGAAGCCGCAGUCGCCGGACCCGGAUAUAGAGAUCUAUUCACAGGCCUUGUCGCAACAGGACUCGUAUCUUUAUGAUUCGUUCUGCGUAAGGGAAGAUGCUGAGACGAGUGUGCUUGCCCAUGAGGAUUCGAUAUUGGAAAUAGCCGAGAGGGAAUUGGAACGCAAUAAGCGCAAGCGUCUCCAUUGGGAUAAAACUAGUGCAAAGCAGAUUAGCAAGAGGAAAAAUAUAAACGUCUUGAACAAGUCUGUGAGCAGUGAGGACGAGAUUGAACAGCUACGUAUACAAGUGCAAGAAGAUUGAUUUGGUAUUAUUGUGAAUUAAUAAAAUUAAAUUGAACUCUGCUUUACAAUAAUGACUAUAGUAAGAAAUUUAAUUUCACAUACAAAGAGUAUGUAUAUAUUGUGUGAGAAUUCAUUCGUAUAUAUUUUUUAUACAAUAAUAUUUUUGUAAAAUAAAAUCGUGAACAGUUCUAUUUUUAAUAAGGACUUAUGGAAGUAUUACUUAUACUUUACAAUGGUGAUCUUUGUAAAUUCCUAAUAAACAUCAAUUAACAUUAUAUCAAUGUCAUAAUUUCCUACUCUAUAAUGCAAUUGUUACAUUAUAAUUACCUUUAUUUGUUAACUGCGAUCAAUGUUAUAAUCGUAAUAUCUUCAUUGAUAAUGAGUUAGACUUUAAUAAGUUACUCGAGAUAUAAUGUUAUAAUAUGAAAAUUAUAAAAAUUUUGUCAAUUUAUCGAGUUAUAUAUCAUUACAUCUAGAUAGAAUAAAAAACUUUUUUUCUUCUAAAAAGAAAGUCAUGUUCGUCCGAAAAUUGAAUAGAUACCAAUACCUGUUUGAAAAGUUCUCGUAUCCAUUUGUUAGAGAUAAAAUGUAUUAAAAUAAUCUCUUGCAGAUAGAGAAAAGGACAAAAGGGUAUAGAAAGUAGAAGAUAAAAAUGGUCGAUCCAACCCUUGUAUAGUUACGUAUACUAGUAUAAGUUAGUAAAGCUAUAUAUAGGGUGAGGAUGACAUUUUCUUUCAGUCUGGUACUGUCUAGCUGAGCGAAGAAAUUCAUCCGAAACUCAGCUCCAAUUUCAGGAACAGGAAUUCUCGCCCGAAAAAACGGCACAUUGUGUGUAAACAGCGUGUGCACGAAGUUUUACGAACAACCGUCAGCAAUAAUCAAGGAGAACAACUCGCUGUACAUUUGUCUCUUUUCCAAACGAGUCACACGUUCUCGAGAGAUCUCGCAAUACGAAACUUGUCUUAUAAAGUAAGGAAAAAUGUUUCGCAUUGGAUUCGUUUUGUUCACAAUUAUUACUGCU